AUGGAAGUUAUUACGGGCACGGCUAGCAACCUUGUUAUCGGAGUUGCGGGAUACGUGUUCCAAAAAGUUAGACGUAAUUUCAGCUAUGUUUACCGCUAUAGAAGAAUGGUUUCGGAUUUCGAGAAGAAAGUCGAGACGUUGAAAGACAAAAGAGACAGACUGCUGCUAGAUGUUGAUGCUGCUGAAAAGAAUGGCGAGGAUAUAUACCCCGAAGUCAACAGUUGGCUGGCGAAAGCCGACAAAAUGACUGAUUCAGAGUUGAAGGAAGUGAAGGGUCUUGAAGACGAAGCAAAGAGCAAGUGUUUCAUCGGCUUGUGCCCUAAUUUCAAGGCUCGCUAUCAGCUUAGCAAGAAAGCAGAAGAAGAUGUUGCCGUUGAUGAACUCCUCCAAAGCAAAGGCGGGUUUGACAAAGUAUCAUAUCGGGAUGUCCAUCCUAUAUUGUUUGUACCUCCUAAAGAUUUUGAGGACUUUGAUUCAAGAAGGCUGAUGUUUAACAAAAUCACGGAGGCGGUGAAAGAUCCUAAUGUCAACAUAAUAGGAGUGCGGAAUGCUGGUGUUGGCAAGACUACGCUUGUGAAAGAAGGUCGACAAGUCAAAGAAGAUAAGUUAUUCGACUCGGUGGUUAUGGCUGUUGUGACUCAUACUCCUGACGUCCAGAAAAUUCAAGAUCAAAUUGCAGAUAUGUUGGGAUUGAAAUUUGAGGAGCAAAGUAUGACUGGAAGAGCAAGUCGUUUGUGCCAAAGGUUGAAGAAAGAGAAGAAGAUUCUUGUUGUUUUAGAUGACAUUUGGGCAAAAUUAGACCUGAUGGAAGUGGGGAUUCCUUUGGGAGACGAGGAUCAGGGAUGCACCAUACUGCUGACAUCCAGAGAUCUUAAUGUUUUGUCAAACGACUUGAAUGCUAAAAAGAGUUUUCCAAUCGGAGUUUUAGAACAUGAAGAAGCAUGGCAUUUCUUCAAGAACAUUAUAGGGGAUGGUGUUGAAAGUUCUGACUUGUUGCCUAUAGCAACUGAGGUAGCUAAAAAAUGUGGUGGUCUACCAAUUGCCAUUAGAACACUUUCGACGUUUUUGAGAAAUGAGCUUCCAUUUGUAUGGGAGGAUGCUUUGCGACAGCUAAGCAAGCCAUCGUCGAGCAACUUCCAAGGAGUACCAGCAACUGUAUAUUCAACUAUAAAGUGGAGUUACGAUCGUUUACAAAGCGAGGACCAUAGACAGAUUUUCUUACUUUGCAGUCUAAUGGGUCAUAAUGCUUCCCUUGAUUUGUUGCUUGUGUUGGCAAUGGGCUUAGGGUUAUUUCAUGGUGUCAGUACAAUUAAAGAAACAAGGAACAAACUGUUGACAGUGGUGAGUCAUCUCAAAGCCUCUUGUUUGUUACUUGAUGGUAAUACCAAUAUGCACUUUGAUAUGCAUGAUCUUAUUUCUGAUGUGGCCAUGUCAAUCGCUUCCAAAGGCAACCCUGUGUUUGUUUUAAGUAGCAAACAUGAUUUGAAUGAUUGGCCAGAUGAUGAAACAAUGAAAGAGUGCGAUAAAAUAUCAUGUUUUGGUAUGAGCGAGCUUCCUGAUCAGUUGAAAUGCCCCAAACUUACUUUAAUGGGUAUGGGUAGCAAGGAUCCUUGGAUGAAAAUACCAACAAACUUUUUUAAGGCAACGAAAAAUCUUAAAGUCCUAUAUUUGGCUGGCAUGAACUUGCCUUCAUCAAUUUCUUUGCUAGGAAACCUUCGAGCACUAGUCUUGAUUAAUUGUGUGUUGGGAGAUAUAACCCUUAUUGGAGAGCUCAAGAAUCUGGAAAUUCUUAACAUUGUGAGUUCUGAUAUUGAAAUGCUACACAAUGAAAUUGGACAACUGACUAAGCUAAAGCGGUUAGAUUUACGUGGUUGUUCCAAACUCAAAAGAAUUCCACCUGGUGUCUUGUGUAAAUUGUCUAGAUUAGAAGAACUAUAUAUGGAUAAGGAUUUUGAUGAAUGGGGAGCAGAUGGACACUCCAGUCAGGAAAGCAAUUCUAGUCUUGCUGAAUUGAAAGCUUUGUCAUGUUUAACUGCUUUAGAAAUUCAUAUCUCUAAUGCCAAGAUUAUUCCCAAAGACUUCUCCUUUGAAAAGUUGCAAAGAUACAUGAUUUUCAUCGGAGAAGCAACGCAUUGGGAUUGGAAUUGGAGUUGGGUUCGUGAGUACUCCAGAACCCUAAAGCUUAACCUGCGGACAAACAUUAGCUUUCUUAAUAAUGGAGUCAAAGUUUUAUUGAAGAAAGCUGAAAAUUUAUAUAUAGAUGAAGUGAAAGGUGUGGAGAUUUUGUUGCAUGAAUUAGAAGUUGGGAAUUAUUUUCAGCAAUUGAAGAAUCUGCAUAUCCAGAAUGGCGCGAUGGUCCAAUAUAUCCUUAAAGGGAGUGAUGCAGUUCAGAAAAUUGAAUUUCUUCAACUUGAGUCACUGACACUGCAGGGUCUACCGAAUCUCAUUAGCUUUUGCUCCAAAAAAGAAGGUUCAACUUCCAUAUCUCCACAAGAAAUUUCCCUUUUCAAGCAAAAGAUAUUGUUUCCUAAGCUAGAGAAGUUGAAACUAUUCUCAAUUGGCAUUGAAAGAAUAUGGAGUUCUCAAGCGUUUUGUUCAACUCAAAAUUUGACAAGUUUGAUCAUUCAAGGCUGCGCCAACUUGAAAUAUGUCUUAUCGGACUCCAUGCUUGAAUAUUUGCAGCAGCUCAAAUGCUUGGAAAUUAGUGAGUGCAAGUGCAUACAAGAGAUAAUGUCAACGGAUAAGAUGAUCCAAGAAACACUCAAAAAUAGAGCUAUAAUCUGCUUCCCCCGAUUGAACAUCCUCAAAUUGAAGGGUCUUCAUAAACUCAUCAGAUUUUGCCAUGAAGAUUAUACCAUUGAAUUUCCAGUCUUAACGAUUCUUGAGAUAGAAAAUUGUUCAGAAUUGAAGGAAUUCAUCCAUAAUUCUAUGAGGAAAGAUAUCCCUACCCAUGAAGUUUUGUUCAAUAAUAAGGUUGCUUUUCCCAACUUGGAGAAAAUCACAAUUUCCCAUUUGAGGAAUGCAAAGAGGAUAUGGUUCGACCAACUUCAUACAAAUUCCUUUUCUAUGCUAAAAGAGUUGACUGUUAAGGAAUGUGAUGCGUUGUUGAAUAUCUUUUCACCUUUUCUUUUGGGGCUUUUUCAAAGAUUGGAAAAAUUAAUAGUGAUUGAUUGUGCUUCACUAGAACAAGUGUUCCAACUCCAAGUGCAAGAUUUAGAUAUUGAAGAAACAUAUGUGGUAGACAAUCAAUUAAAAGAAGUGAAUCUCGUUCGCCUACCAAAGUUGAAGCAAGUUUGGACCAAUUAUCACAAAGGAAAUAUUUCUUUUGAGGGUCUACAACGAGUACGCAUUCAGGAAUGUUGGAGCUUGAAAGCUUUGUUUCCAUUUUCAAUUGCCAAAGAUCUUCAGCAACUUGAAGCACUUACUAUUAAUAGAUGUGGGUUGGAUGAGAUUGUUUCAAAGAGUGUUGAAGAAUCAGACGAACAGGAAAUUUGUUUUGCAUUUAAUAAGUUGUCCUACCUAGAAUUUUGGAAUCUACCAUACCUAACAUAUUUCUACCCAAGAAUGCAUAAAACAACAUGGACUGCACUAAAGCAAUUAAUGAUAUUUAGGUGUGGGAGGAUUAAGAUAUUUGGGCAUGAAGAAUCCCAAAUCCAACAUCCACUUUUCCUCAUUGAAAAGGUUAUCCCCCAGUUGGAGAAUGUUUCAUUUAGUCGUGGUGAUAUUGAGAUGAUAAGUGAUGGCCAGUAUGAGUCCGACUUAUUUUUCAAUAUAAAAUUUCUUCGGAUUUCUUGCUACUCUAAUGUAUCAGAUGUUUUCCCAAUUUCUUUCCUUAAAAGGUUUUACAAUCUUGAAAGCCUUGAGCUGGGUUCUUGCAAUUUCAAAGAGCUAGAUUCUUUUGAAAGCGAUGCAUGCGAAGAUAAAGACAUGAUCAUCACGAUCCCAAAGAUCAAGAAGUUGAAAUUGGUUGCGAUUAAGAACAUAAGACAUCUAUGGAAACAAAACUCCCUACUUGACCAUAUUUGUGCAAGUCUCAAAUGUCUCGAAGUUUGGGAGUGUGACAAUUUGAUUUGUUUAGGAUUAGAUCUUUCAUUUUUUGAAACUCUUACAACUUUAGAUGUCUGGAAAUGCAAUAAGAUGUUAGAUCUAAUAACAUCUUUCAAUGCUCGAAGUUUGGUGUGCCUUGUUACAAUGAGGAUAAGAGAAAGUAAAAUGAUGAGAGAAGUAGUUGCAAGCGACGGGGAUGAAGCGUCAUACGAGACUGUUUUUAGAGGGCUGAAACGUUUGGAGCUUCAUUGUUUACAAAACCUCACAAGCUUUUGUUCAGGGAAUCACACCUUAUGGUGUCCAUCCUUAGAACAAUUUACUUUGAGCCAGUGUCCUAGAAUGAAGAACUUCUGUCAAGGAGAGCUAAUCACACCAAAACUGGAUAAAGUGCAGUUAACAGAAACAGAUUUUAGGGGGCGUUGGGCUGGUGACCUUAAUGCCACGGUGGAGCAAUUAUACAAAGAGCAGGUUGGAUAUCGUGGUCUAAAGCAUUUGAAGUUCUCAGAGUUUCCAAAGCUCAUAGACAUAUGGAGUAAAAAUCCUCAAGAAAUGUUGGAUUUUACAGUUCUUGAAUUUCUGGAGAUUUGUAAUUCCAACAAUUUGAGGUACAUUUUUUACCUUUCAACAGCUUUCAGCCUAGGGCAACUCCGGCAAAUGGAAAUCAAGAGAUGCGGUAAUUUGAAACAAGUCAUCAAAGAAGAGUGUUCAAUUACAAUGGUUGAGGAAGCAAUAACAGAUAGUAGCAAGAUCAUUAGCAUAUUCCCUCGCCUACAAUCCAUUAUAGUGGAGUCUUGUCCAAAUAUGACAAGCUUUUACCAGGGAAGUAAAUGUCUUGAAUUUCCAUCCUUGGAUAAAAUUAAGGUAGUUGGUUGUUCAAACAUGACUACAUUUGUUUCUACAUUUUCAAGAGAUGAAGAUAAAGAAGCAAUAAUUGGUGACGAAGUUGAUAACGUUACUACAUUUUUCUCCAACAAGGUUGCUUUUCCCAAGUUGGAGAACCUCACAUUCUCCCAUUUGAGGAAUGUUAAGAGGAUAUGGUAUAAGCAGCUGUUGAAAAAUCAAAUAAGGUUGGAGACACUAAUAGUAACUGAUUGUGCUUCACUAGAAGAAGUGUUCCAACUCCAAGUUCGAGUGUUAGAUAUUGUAGAAGCAUGCAUGGUGACCAGUGAAUUAAGACAAGUGAAACUCUUUUGCUUGCCAAAGUUGAAGCAUGUAUGGAAUAAGGAUUCUAAUGAAAAUAGUUCUUUUGAAAAUCUUCGAGAAAUUUCACUUACUACUGAUGUCAUUGCAACGAUCACAGGUGGCCAGUUUUCCAUCGACUUGUUUUCCCAUAUUAAAGUUCUUGAAAUCAUUGAAAACCUCAAUGAUUCAACAGUUUUUUCAUUCUGUUUCCUACAAAGAUUUUCCAAUUUGGAAAAGAUUGAGAUGGUUGAUUGCAAUUUUAAAGAGUUGUGUCCUUACGAAGGUGAUGUUGGUGAGAAGAGAGACGUGACAAUGUUGCUCCCAAGAAUUAACGAGUUAACAUUGAAAGGUGUUGAUAAGAUGACACAUCUAUGGAAUCGAGGCUCUCCCCUCCAUCACAUUUGUACUAAUCUUCAAACUCUUCGAGUUUACAAGUGUGGCAACUUAAUCAAUAUAGCACGUGCUUCCUCAGCUUUACGAAAUCUUACAACUUUGGAGGUUGGGUACUGCAAAGAGAUGGUACAGCUGAUUACAUCCUCGAAAGCCCAAUGUUUGGAGCAGCUUGUUACACUGAAGAUAGGAGGAUGUGAAAUGAUGAGAGAAGUAAUUGCAAGUGAUGGAGAUGAAGCAACAUAUCAUGAGAUUAUUUUCAAGGAGUUGAAAUGUUUGGAGCUUAAGGGUUUACAAAACCUCAAAAGCUUUUGUUCAGGGAACUACACUUUGAAGUUCCCAUCAUUGGAUGACGUAACAGUGAUUGACUGUCCCGCUAUAGAGAAUUUUUGCAAUGGAGCUUUAAGCACGCCAAAGCUACAAGAGGUACAAACAGGACGGGAUGUUAGAAAAUGUACUUGGGACCUUAAUUCUACCAUUGAGCAGUUAAACAAAGAAGAAUGUGAUGAGAUGUCUGAAGAGACGGACAAAAAUGGUGGGCAUAAGGAGAAUCAUGUUCGUUGA